CCUCCUUCCCUCCCUUUCCUCUUCAUCUCCUUUCCCCGCUCUUUGCAGCCUGUACCCCCCUCUCCUCCCCUCCCUCCGCCGCCUUUAUGACCCCCUGGCCCCAGGGGCAGCAGAGAGGGGAUGGCUCGCCGGACUCGCGGCAUCGAGGAUCAAGAUGAGUUGCACUGUCAGGACACAGAUUCAGAUGUGCAGGAACAGAGGGAAAGUAAAUGCAAGGUCAAGUGGACUCACCAAGAGGAUGAGCAGCUGAAGGCACUCGUGAGGCAGUAUGGGCAGCAGGACUGGAAGUUUCUCGCAAGCCACUUCCCUAAUCGCAGUGAUCAGCAGUGCCAAUAUCGGUGGUUGAGGGUUUUGAAUCCGGACCUAGUCAAGGGACCUUGGACAAAAGAAGAAGAUCAAAAGGUCAUUGAACUGGUGAAGAAAUAUGGCACCAAACAAUGGACAUUGAUCGCCAAGCACUUGAAGGGACGUCUGGGGAAGCAGUGCAGAGAGCGCUGGCACAAUCACUUGAACCCAGAGGUGAAGAAGUCAUGCUGGACAGAGGAGGAGGACCGCAUCAUCUGUGAGGCACAUAAGGUCCUGGGCAACCGCUGGGCUGAGAUUGCCAAACUCCUCCCUGGAAGGACUGACAAUGCGGUGAAGAACCACUGGAACUCUACCAUCAAACGGAAGGUGGACACUGGGGGCUUCCUGAGUGAGACAAAGGACCCUAAAUCUGUGUACUUGCUGGUAGAAGUGGAGGAUAGGGAGGGUCAGAGUGUCCAUUCAGCAGAGAGCCAGAAGAACCUUACUACUGAUUGGUCCACUGGGGUCAUGGAAGUGGAGGAGGAAGUCAGUGAGGAGGAGGUAGCGGCCACAUCAGGUGUCAAGGCUGUAACCACCUCUGUGGAGCAGCAGGAGAGGUCUCGUGAGGAGCCAGCCAAAGACUUGAUCCCCGAUCCCAUGGAGGAGACUCCCAAGGACCUGAAGUCUGAGGAUUCCCCCAUUGAAGUUGGCUCCCCGUACAAGUGGGUGGUGGAGGCGGCUAACUUCUUGUGUCCAGCUACAAUGCCAAACCUGACAGAUGCCCUGGAUCUGAUAGAAUCGGAUCCUGAUGGGUGGUGUGACCUAAGUAACUUUGACCUGCCUGAGGAAUUAUCCAACGGUGGUGGUAACAGCAGCAGCAGUAGCAGCAACAGCCCCGUUAAGCAGACAUUCAGCAAACCUACAGUCUCUGCCCACAGCAUGACGGAGUACCGUUUAGAUGGACACACCAUCUCCGACCUGAGCAAGGGCAGCCGCGGGGAGCUGAUCCCCAUCUCGCCGAACACUGAAGUCAGCUUUAGCACCCCUCCCUCCAUCCUCAAGCGGCAGAAGAAAAGAAGGGUCACUCUUUCUCCUGUCACAGAGAACAGCCCCAAUGCCAGCUACUCCUUUAUGGAUUCCUGUAAUAGCCUCACCCCCAAAAGUACACCGGUGAAGACACUUCCUUUCUCCCCAUCCCAGUUUUUAAACUUCUGGACCAAACAGGACACUUUGGAGCUAGAGAGCCCUUCAUUGACAUCUACACCUGUGUGUAGCCAGAAGGUCAUUGUCACCACCCCACUGCACCGGGACAAGACCCCGCUGCACCAGAAGAGCAAUGCUUUCGUUACCCCGGAUCAGAAAUACUCGAUGGACAACACUCCCCACACACCCACCCCUUUCAAGAACGCCCUGGAGAAAUAUGGACCACUAAAACCUCUGCCCCAGACCCCGCACCUGGAAGAAGACUUGAAGGAGGUUCUUCGGACUGAGGCUGGCAUUGAGCUGAUCAUAGAAGAUGACGUGAAGCUGGAGAAGCAAAAGAGGAAACAAGGACUACAUCGGAGUCCAAUUAAGAAAGUCCGAAAAUCUCUUGCCCUUGACAUAGUGGAUGAAGAUCUGAAGCUUGUGGUGUCUUCCCUGCCAAAGACUGUGUGUAUUAAAAGAAACCAGCCGACAAGCUUCUUGUCCAGCUCCCUCAACCUGACCUCCUCAAGCAGCAAGGAGGACAAUAGUUUGCUGAACCGAGGGUUUUUACAGGCAAAGCAGGAGAAGGCUUCUUUCCCGAAGACACUGAGCCAUUUCCAGGGCCCUGCCCCGAUGUCCAGUGCUUGGAAAGUCGUGGCUUGUGGUGGAACCAGAGACCAACUUUUUAUGCAGGAAAAGGCCCGGCAGAUCUUGGGUACCCUAAAGCAGAGCCACACUUCUCGGACUCUGAUUUUGUCAUGAAAAAUAUGGAAUUUUGACGUCAUUUUUUAUUCCUUUUCUGACUUUUCUUAGGGGCAUAAAAAUGUGUUCCCUGCCUCAGAUGACUCCUAAGCAGGGUAUGAGUUUGAAAUUUUAUUUUUUCAAAAUAACUUAUUCAAAAAUUUCAAGGGGCUUAAUUGGAAUUUGUGGUGCAAGAGAGAAGUCUGCCUUUACACACUCCUUCUGUGGAUUCACACAGUGCCUGCAUAGAGAGAAGUGUGAUUUUGGAUCUGUCCUUUGGGGAGGAUGAGUGCUGGACUCUCUCCUUGCUUCUGCAGAAUCUCUGCCCUGGGUCUGGGUUUUCCCUCCCCUUAACCAGGGUGGAAAAUUACCAGGUGCUUUCAAGAAUCCUUCAGACUCAGUGUCCUCCUGCCUUGUUAAUACCAGGAAAGUUGGGUUUUUCCCUAGUUGGCAUGUUUUCAGCAUGAUCUUGCCUUCCUGUUGAGGACCCUGAAAAGGAGGAUCUUCCAGGAGUUCCUGUUUAACUAGAACGCCUGUUCAGCCGAGACAAGGUGGUGUCCAAGGGGCCGUAGAGAGUGGUAUUCAUUGUCUCUCAGCUCGUCCUUUUCCCCUCUUUCCAUUUUGUUGCAUUUAAUAUUAUUAUUAAUUAUUAAUUUUUUUAAAAUAAAAGCUCCCUGAAGCUUCAGUCUUCCUUGUUUUCUACAGGCUUCUUUCCUCUGUCUCCCCAUCUUCCUUUGUCUGUCUGUCUCUCCCCCUCUCUCCUCUCCUCCUUCUCUCUUUCUCCCCCCCCCCCGGCUUCAUUGUUUCUAUCAGUGAUAGUCAUUCUCUACCAGGCUUGAUAACUGUGGUGGUGUAACUUUCUCGACCUCUGUUUGUUUCCUCUGUGCUUUUUUGUGUCCUUCCUGCCCUGCCUUCUGACACUGUGGUUCAGUCGCUCAUCACUCUUCAUGACAAGUGUGGGUGCUUCCUAAUGGGUCUCCCUGCCUGCCUUUGGUUUCUGCCCCUCCUUUGCAUCCUGCCCAUGAGGCCAAGGGAAGCUUCCCAAGUCUAGCUGUGAGCACGUCACCCUCACCUUGGUGGUUUCCUGUGGCCUGUAGGUUCAAGUCCAUGACCAUUAGGUCAGCAUUCAAGUCCUCUACAAUUUUACCCCAGUUUACCUCCUGCUGCAUUCUGACGUUUCUUCCAAAAAAAAUUUUUUUUUUUAGCAAUGGCUUUUGUUUUUGUAUCACUACAUUACCUUCUGUAUCCUUCCCUGACCUCCCUCCUGCAGAGCCAUCCCAUAGAAAGAUUAUUUAAAAAAAAAAUCAACAAAUCAGUCAAUACUUGGAAAAAAAAAUCUGAAAAUAUACGCAAUGCUCCAUACCUACAGACCUCACCUGGCCUCUGGAAAGGAAUUGGGGGAGCUGUCGUCUCCUGUCUUUCGUUGGGGGCCAAGUUUUUCCUUGUCAUCUCAUGCCAUUCUGGUUUGUGGUGGUGGUGCUUUCCAUUGUCCUGUUUUCUCAGCCCUACCUAGUUUACUUUUUGUCUGUUUAUCUAAGUCCCUCCCACAUUGUUAUAUUUCAUUUGUUUCACUCAUACUUUUUGUCUGUUGUCUGCAAAAUGCUGUGUUAGGAUAUGGUAGAGAUGCAAAGGAGAGUGACUUAGGCCCUGCUCUCAGAGGGCGUUCAUUAUAAACUAAUGAAAGAUGAAACAUGUAUACAAAUAACUAGGGGAUGCAGGGUAAUAUGGUGGAAGGAGUACUGACUUUGGAGUCCUAGGACCUGAACUCAAAUCCCGGCCUUGCUGCUUAUGUGACCGUGGGCAGGUCAUAUCACUUCUCUGGGCCUCAGUUUCCUCAUCUGUAAAAUGAGGGAGUUGGACUCCAUGGGUCUAAGGCCCCUUCCAACUCUUCAUUCUGGGGUCCUGUGAGUUGUCAGUAGGAUUAGAACUUUGUGUUGUGAGAUCGAGGCUGGUGGAGAAUCCAUGUUUCCUAAUGGUACUUGGCUAACUGUUUUCCACGUAGAAAGGAAACUUGGUGGAGAGGAGAGAAUUCUGGGUUUAGACUCAGAAGGCCCAGGUUUGGGGCUUUUCUCAGCUGCCUCCGAUGCUUGGUGUGCCCCUUCCCCCGCAAAUUACUUGGUAUUUAUUUUGUAUGUAUUUUGCUUAUCUGUGCACGUUAUUUCCUACUAGUAGAUUGUAAGCGCCUUGAAGGCAGACUUGUCUUUUUUUUUUUUCCCCUUUGUUACUCUAGCAGGGUUCCUGGUGCCUGGUGGGUAUAAGUCCUGGCUCUUAACAUUUACUGGUCUUGUGACCCUGGGCAUGCCAUGGCAAUUUUGGACCUCAUCAAUGAAAUGGAGAGAAUACUGGCAUUACCUCUUUCUCAGGGUUGUUGUGAAGGAAUCCCUUUGUAAAUUUUGAAGUGUCUUAGGAAUGAGAUUGUUUUUAUUAUCUACCAGUUUACCCAGUUGUCAGUAGUAAUAGUUAUCAUUUACAUAGCGCCUCAAGGUUUUGCAAAGUGCUUUCUGUGUGUUAUCUCUUUCGACUCUCACAAUCACCCUGUGAGGUAGGUGCUGUUUUUGUUUUUAUUUUUUUUGGUAGGUGCUAUUAUUAAACUGAAGUAGGGUUAAGUGACUUGCCUAGGGUCACAGAGCUAGUAAAUGUCUUAGAUAGGAUUUGAACUCAGUAUCUUCCCCACUAAAACUCCCAUAUUGUCACUACACCACCUGGCUUUUUGUCAAGGCCCAACUCAAGUCCCUUAUCCUUUAUGAAACCUCUCAUCUCCCAGCUGGCUCAGGGGAAUCUUUUUUUUUUUUUCCCUUGGAACUCCUAUGGCUCUUGCUGUCUGCAUUUUUUCUCCUUAUGUGCAGCAUUGUGGUAGAGUGUAUCAGAGCUCUGGAUCUGGCAUUCAGGAAACAUGGGGUUUGAAUACUGCCUUAGAUGGUUCCUUGCUGUGUUAUUGUGGACAAACCACAUAACCUCUCAGACACUGUUGACUCAUCUGUGACAUGAGAAUCACACCACUCGAGCUACCUACCUCACAGGGUUAUGAGAAAAACACUUUGCAAACCUCAGAAGUGCCAUUAUGAAUAGCAGUAUUAUGACUUGUUAUGUACAUGCCCUUUCUCCUCAACUGGAAGGGGUUUUCUGAGGGCUGUUUGGUGCGUCUUCUCUCUUCUGGCCUUGGCCCUUGCCCUCCAUCUCUCCCCCCACCCCCUCAUCAGGUGAGUGGUAUCACUCACCCUUCAGUGAUAUCCCGGAGAAGAGAAGGCCAGUGCUUGGCUGGGGAUCUAAGGAGGUUUCAUGAAGGAAGAGAGCGUGGCCCUGGAGAUUGAGUCCACUCUGGAUCCUCUGGUGGCAGUCAAAACCUACAGAAUAGCUAGCCUACACUGCCUUUGGUUCCCCUUGUCUUACAGAUUCUGCUCCCUGUACCCUCCCUCCAAUUUUUUUAAAAGAACACUGCCUUGGAAUCCACAUUUUACCUUCAAAUUUGAAAAGACCAUCUUUGUUUCAGUGGUUUUCCCUGUGUUCUUAAAGGCAUAAAUAGUUUAUCUUGGAUCUUUAAUAUCAUAUUGAGGGCUUUUAAUAAAGACCGUUUUCGUCA